CGCACAGCUGACUUGUUCGCCAACCCUCCCGGUUCUCUUCGGUCCGUCCGCAUUCAAGGCUUUAAAGCCGUUUGCGGGAGACGUUACCCUCCUCGUGCUCGCCGCUCGCCAUGGGGAACCUCACUGCGUUUGUCGACCAUGUCCGCCUCUACAUCCACGCGUACACGCUCGCCCUCUCAGCGUGCAUGGGCUCCAUCUUCUACGGGUGGGACAUCGGCCUCAUCGGCGGCGUCAUCUCCCUGCCGGCGUACCAGCAGUACUUUGGCGUCGACAAGCUCUCCAAAUCUCAGGCCGCGAAUCUCAACGGGAACGUCGUGUCCAUCCUCCAGGCUGGCAGCUUCUUCGGGGCGCUCAGUACGGGUUACUUCUCGGGGCGGUUUGGGAGGAAGCCUGUCCUCCUUGCGUCGGGCAUCGUGUACAUCAUCGGGAGCGUGAUUCAGAGCAUAGUAGGGCUGGGGAGCAGCCAAUCUGUCGCGCUCAGGGUGCUCUACUUUGGCCGAUUUGUAGGCGGAUUUGGCGUGGGCAUGGUGUCCGCGCUCGUCCCGUCCUACGUCUCUGAAUGUGUGCCCAAGUCUAUUCGCGGCCGGUGCACGGGCAUGAUCCAAUUCGCCAAUAAUGUCGGGAUUAUGCUGAGUUUCUGGGUCAACUUCGGCGUCGCCCAGCAUGUGCCCUUCGGCGCUAUGCAAUGGCGGAUCCCGUUCAUUGUGCAGAUCAUCCCAGGCUUCAUAUUUAUUCUUGGCAUGUUAUUCCAGCCCGAGUCCCCGCGCUGGCUCGUUGAACACGGAGAGCAUGAGCGUGCGGCACGCGCGCUGGGCUUUGCGGCCGGAAAGCCGGCGGACGACCCUGCAGUGCUGGUUACCCUCGAGGAGAUUAAGGAGGACUUUUACGGCAAGGAGCGCGCGUCGCUCUGGAAGCAGUUCAAGAUGAUGGGCGAGUCGCGUUCGACGGCGUUGCGAUGUUUCAUCCCAUCGUUGGUCAUGUUCUGCCAGCAGUGGACGGGAACGAAUGCGAUCAACUACUUCUCGCCCGAGAUAUUUGCUGGGCUCGGAGUCUCCUCCACGACCUCGAAGCUGUUCGCGACAGGGAUCUACGGCGUCGUCAAAGUCAUCGCCGUCGCCACCGUGCUUAUGUUCGCGGUCGAGAAAGUGGGGCGCAAGAACUGCCUGAUCAUCGGAGGCAUCGGCCAGGGCCUCACGAUGCUCUGGAUCGGCGGGUUCCAGGCGGUGCACCCGGAAUCGACGAUCGUGCCCGCGAGCUACGUCUCGCUCGUCGCCGUCUAUCUCUACGCCGUGUUCUACUGCGUCGGCUGGGGCCCCGUCCCGUGGGUCGUCGCGAGCGAGGUCGCGCCGAACCACGUUCGCACGGCCGCGCUCGCGCUCGCGAUCGGCGUCAACUGGCUCUUCGCGUUCACCAUCUCGAAGAUCACGCCGAUCAUGCUGAACACCAUCGAGUACGGCACGUUUCUGCUAUUCGGGCUCUGCUGCGUGCUCAUGGCCGUGUGGGCGUACUUCCUGCUGCCCGAGACGACGGGGUACGCGCUCGAGGACGUCAAGUACUUGUUCGAGCGCGACGUCGUCGUGCGCGCGCUGCAGGACGCGCCGGGCGGGCGAGUGUUUUUGGGCGGGAAGCGGGCGCCCAAAAUUUUAUUGGAGCUUGCUUGA